AGUCCUUAACAUAUUCUAAUUGUGAAAAGUUUUUAAAGUCCAAAGUUAUACACACAAGAAUUACCCCUAAGAAAGAGAAACCUGUGAGGAAUGGAAUUCUUUGUCGCAUCAAUAAAUGUGAUUUAUGACCACAAUUUAUUAACUUGACAUGAUUUUCAAAAAACGAAAUCUUUCAACAGUUUAAAGUUUGGUUUAAAGGAAGGAUUCCUCAGAGAGAAAAAAAGGAAGCAACGAAAACCUGGGAAUGGCUUUAAUUGGUUGCUAGAGUUGUCUGUCUCCCAAGAUUCAAAAUUUUUCACUGAUCACAUUCUUGCAGGGAAAACCCAGAUUGAGAAUUCUCGCUUUGGUUCCAACACUGGUUGUCCUGCUGUGUGGGUUAUGGUUUCAGUUUGAACUUCAAACUUGAUGACUGGCAUCUGGUUUCUUUUUUUGGGUUUCAACUUAUAUCUUUGUAAACGUAGAUUAAGAAGAUCUUGAGCAUAAUGGGAAUUCCCUUGCGGAGGAAGACAAAUGAAACAAUGAGGCUUCUUAUAACAACUUUUGCAGGAGUUAUUUUUGGCUUCUUUUUAGGUGUAUCUUUUCCGACGAUUUCAUUGACUAAGAUGAAUUUCCCAUCCAGCCUAUUUCCUUCCAUCGAUAUUACAUAUAUUGAGGAUAAAUAUUCUGGCCUUUCAACCCAAGCACUGUUUGAUGCCUUUAACUCUCUCAAGGCUGAUAAGGCCAUGUCCGUGCCAUCUUCCAAAGACAAUGAGACAAAGAUCUGGAUUCCAACAAAUCCACGGGGUGCUGAAAGACUUCCCCCUGAUAUAAUUGAAUCUGAGUCAGAUUUAUAUCCUCGUCGAUUAUGGGGUCAGCCAAGUGAGGAUUUAUCUAUCAAACCAAAGUAUCUUGUAACUUUUACCGUUGGUAUUAGUCAGAAAUACAAUAUUGAUGCAGCUGUAAGAAAGUUCUCGGAGAACUUCACUAUUAUGUUGUUUCAUUAUGAUGGUCAAGCCAGUGCAUGGGACGAAUUUGAGUGGUCAAAGCAAGCUAUUCACGUGAGUGUUCGAAAGCAGACUAAAUGGUGGUACGCGAAGCGCUUUUUGCACCCUGACAUUGUUGCACCCUAUGACUACAUUUUUAUGUGGGAUGAGGAUCUUGGGGUGGAGCACUUUGAUGCAGAGGAAUACAUAAAACUUGUCAGAAAACAUGGUUUAGAAAUAUCCCAGCCAGGUUUAGAGCCAAAUAGUGGGCUGACAUGGGCAAUGACAAGGAAAAGAGAUGACACUGAAGUUCACAAGGUUACCGAGGAGAGACCUGGCUGGUGUACUGAUCCACAUUUGCCUCCAUGUGCAGCAUUUGUUGAGAUCAUGGCUACUGUGUUCUCUCGCGAUGCAUGGCGAUGUGCUUGGCAUAUGAUUCAGAAUGACUUGGUUCAUGGAUGGGGUCUGGAUUUCGCUCUUAGGCGAUGUGUUGAGCCUCCUCAUGAGAAAAUAGGGGUUGUAGAUGCUCAGUGGAUUGUGCAUCAAGGUGUUCCUUCACUUGGGAACCAGGGGCAUGCAGAGGGUGGAAGGGCACCAUGGGAAGGGGUGAGGGAAAGAUGCAGGAAAGAAUGGGCUAUGUUCCAAGAUCGGAUGGCUGAUGCAGAGACAGCAUAUUUUAAAGCAAUGGGAAUGAAUACUUCCAAUUUAACAGCUCAUAAGUGGAUAGAGUCUUAAUACUUGCAUUAGAGUUGUACAAGUAGGCUUCUAGAUGUCAUGCUACUUCUAUUUUUUGAUAAAAAGGUGACUUGGGUCCUAUCAGCGUAUGCAAUGUUUGUAUAUAAGUCACUUUUGUGUUCAUACAGUUCUAUCAAUGUUAAUAUUAUAUUUUUGGGCAA